AUGUCCGAGUCAACCACGGAACAGACACAAAAUGGUGAACUACAGACCCUCCAGACCACGGUACAGACCCAAACUGGUGAACUACAGACCCUCCAGACCACGGUACAGACACAAAAUAUUGAACUACAAACCCUCCAGACCACGGUACAGACACAAAAUGGUGAACUACAGACCCUCCAGACCACGGUACAGACCCAAACUGGUGAACUACAGACCCUCCAGACCACGAUACAGACACAAAAUAGUGAACUACAAACCCUCCAGAGCACGGAACAGACACAAACUGGUGAACUACAGACCCUCCAGACCACGAUACAGACACAAAAUAGUGAACUACAAACCCUCCAGACCACGGUACAGACACAGACUAGUGAACUACAGACACAGUCUGCAGAACUACAGUCCUUAAAAACCAAGGAACUGACAGAAAAUGGUGAACUACAAACCAUGAAAACCAUGAAACUGACACAGACUGGAGAAAUGUCUUCACUCAAACAACAACUUUCACAGGCAAACAAUGAGGCUCGGAGUCAGAAUGGUAAAAACACCUCCAUAAUACAGCAAUUGUCUCAAGUUGGUGGCGGAUCCACGUUUGUCCGCUGGGGAAGGACCGACUGUCCUGCCAAUCUGACGGAACUCGUGCAUUCUGGUUAUGCAGGAGGUUCAUGGUAUGACCACACAGGCGCUGCAGUUGACUAUCUUUGUCUACCACCUGAUCCAGAAUGGUUACAGACGACUGUUGUACCGAAUGCUUACACAGGGAGGAUAUAUGGAGCAGAGUACGAAUCUAACACCGGACAUUUUCUAUUUGGGCCUCAAUCACGAGAUGAAGAGGUUCCCUGUGCGGUCUGUAGAUCUACGUCUUUUGUUUCCUCAGUGAUGAUACCGGCGAGGACGACCUGCUACAGCGGCUGGACGAAGGCGUACAGUGGGUCACUGGCUUCAGGGAAUUAUAAUAAUAAAGCUGCUACCCAGUACGUAUGUGUGGACGAGAACGCACAGCCUCUCGCUGGAGGAGCUGAUAGAGACGACAAUGGUAUAUUGUUUCUUGGCGUCAAAGCUUUUUGUGGUUCUCUUCGAUGUCCUCCGUACGAGCAAGAUAAAUACAUAGCUUGUGUAGUUUGUAUGAAAUAAAUCUUUAAA